CUGCCGAGGAGCCGCCGAGCCAGCGGGAGGACGAGGAAAGGGGAAAGGGGGUGACGAUGACGGCGGGGAGGUUCGGGUAACCGGACACCGACUGUUGGAGCGGCUGCUGUCCGCUCACAAGACACCGAGUCCGGCUGCAGAGACGCAGAGGACUUGAAGGAAGUCUUCGACACUCUAUGGCGGACUUCUGGCCGCUUUAAAGCCGCCUCACUGCGGACACCUCACCGACUAAUUAGCGGACUACAGCCGCCGCGAUGAAGAAGAACCACUUACUGACUCCGCGUCCACACGAGCCGGAGUGGCAGCCCGGCCAACCUGACAAGGUGGGCUGGGUCAGGCGCUUUUGCGGCAGAGGGAUCUUCCGGGAGAUCUGGAAGAACCGCUUCAUGGUCCUGAAGGGAGAUCAGCUGACGCUCUGCGAGAAGGAGGGAAAGGAAGUGGCUGAUGAGGUUUUGGAGCUGAGUGACUACGAGCGCUGUGAGGAGAUGAAGAACAACAAAAGUCGCAGUAAAAAGAACCACAGCAAGUUCCGACUUCAACGCUGCUGCUCGCCAGGGAACACGGUUUCUAACGUGAUCUUCCUGGCAGUGAGUCCUGAAGACAAAGAGUCAUGGAUUAACGUUCUUAAUGUCGCCAUCACUCGAGCCAAGAACCGAGUCCUUGAUGAGGUCACGGUAGAAGACGCUCACCUCUGUCACCUGACUCGAGACAGAGCCAGGAUUUCUCACAACCGGCGUCUGCCGAGCAGAGGUCACCUGCUUGCCGUGGCCUCGUCUUCAGACGGUAUGAUGACUCUGGAUCUGAUUCAGGAAGAGGACAUUUCGGCACCGCCUGACAACCGCGACGGCUGUCGGGUCCACGUGGUUGAAUCUCAGUCGCCCCCGGACUGUCGCAGGUCCGGAACCGAUGGUGCCUUCUUCAUCAGGACUGCCGAAACCUCUGGGAAGUCACAGAGUCUUCCUCGCGAGGGGGCAGUGGCUUGGGAGCAAAUGGGUGCCAGCUGGACAUCCGGGUCGGCAAAAGCCUUAAGGACAGCAAACAAGAACCGCUGCGCCUCCAUGGACGAGAUCCUGGGCCAUUCGGAGAAGAACCGGACUACGUUUACACCUCGCACAGGUGCCUCGACUCCCAUCAGCCACUUGCAGGAGCUUAUCGGCCUCAAAUUGGUACGGACAGAGCAGCUCCUGGAGGCCACGCGGGACCGACCCGAAGGGGAAGACGGGAAUGUGGCGGAGGACAUGAGACCAAAAGCGGAGAGACUACUAAAGGAGGCGGUGGAGGCCCUGGAUCAGGCUCACAAGGUGCUGGAGGAGGUGAAGGAGCUCAGGGAACUGUACGGCCAAUUGGACACUACUAGCACCGACCAGAGUCCAAGACCCAGAACCUGAAAAAGCAGCUUUUAAAAACUGAACCAGCCGCUUUCUUUGGACAAAAUUACUCGGGUCCUAGCGGGUCAGCAGCUGGUCCGAACGCAAUCAGCUUACCAUGUUUGGUGUGGACAUGGUCACCGGACUUGAUCUCCUGUCAACCAUAGUGCUGAGGUCAUUAGAAGGUGCAAUAUUAGACUUGUGCUAAUUAAUGCUACUAAACCUGUGAACAAGCUAAACUUAGUGGUAACAGAGGUGGGAAGAGUAACCAAAAGUAACUUUACUGAAGAGUAAUAUGACUCAAGUAAAAGGUAACUGUAAGAAACUUCUGGUUAAUUUAGUUGCUAUUUAAUGGUACUUGCACUACCUACUACAGCAGGGGUGUCCAAAGUGUGGCCCGGGGGCCAUUUGCGAUGCGCAACUUCUUUUAUCACAUUCUAAAGACAAAAUAAAAGCAUUGAGGUUACAACAUUACACCGAAAAACUAAAAUAUGUACAUUUGGGAGAAAUUGUGUGUGAAUGCAGUAAUGUGCAAGCCACUGAAAGGCUCAAGCUGAACUUGAACGCUAACGUUAGCAUGCUAACAGCAUGCGUCAAGUACCAAGUCGUGACUAGGAAGCGUACACAUGUAAAAUUUGGUAAAAAAGUUAGCAUGCUGACACUUAGCAUGUAUAAAGUACCAAGUUAUGUUACUCUGAGGUGAUCGGCUAUAAGAUUGGCUACAAAAAUGUGCAUUCUACAAUGCUCUUGUUAACUUGCUAACAGUUCGCAUGUGUCAAGUACCAAGUCAAAUGACUGAGGUGUGCGGCAGCACAAGUAGCUUCAAGGGUUAGCAUGGCAAUGUUAGCAUUCUAGCAUGCUAACAUUAGCUUGCCAACAGUUAGCCUGUAUCAAGUACCAAGUUAUAUGGGUUUGAGGUGUUCACCUGUAAA